AUGAGAAACACACAUUUGGCACAAAGGCUUCUUUCGUUGGUUGGCUCUUCAUCGCGAGCGGUAGCUCAUCGCCACAACAAGAUCAGUCCUGCUUUUUCAGUACUGACUACAAAGAAUCAAACCAUUUUUAAUCAUAAUCAUGAUGGAACGAAUACUCUUUGUUUGAUGAGGCAUCAACAAUUACAUAAUUUUCAUACCUCGCUGGCUCAUCACAGCGGAAGCACAGGAGGCGUUCCGAACGUGGAGGCAAAUAAUGUAAAUAGACUUCAUUUCAGCAAAACAUAUUAUAUCUAUGAAAAAUACAGAAAGGAUUUGGAAGAGAGACUGGCAUCAUUGAAAUCAUACUAUUCCUAUGAUGUUCAACAAGCAAAUAUAAAAAGACAAAUUGAUCGGCUUCAGGAUGAGUUGGAUCAUUUUGAUAUUUGUGAAAGACAGUUUAAUCAAAAGGUCAAUCGAUUGCAAUAUCAAAUUGAUGCACUGGAAAUGAAGAAGGAAACCAAUGAAUCCGAUAUUUUGCAUUGUGAAAUGAUGAUUUCUCACAUUAAGAAUGAGUUUAAAUAUGCCAAAAGCGAAGAAGUGGUUCAAUCUCUCAAUUCCAGACUCCAACAACAAGAAUUUCAUUUGGAGAAUUUGAGAGAAACACGUGACUCUUUAUUGUCUGAAAUUGCUCAUCUUCAAGCUGAAAUGGACAGUUACACCAUGGAUUUCAUCGAUGCUUUAGAAAUUGCUCUCGAUGGAAAGGUAACAUUUUGGAAGUAUCACUAUCCAACAGUAUUGAGAGCUGCUUUAAUUGCAGCACUUGUCAGCUUUGUUGCAUCCUAUCUCUAUCAUGCUGUUGGUGUGAGUAUUGAACUGAGAAUUGGAGGCGAUGAUGAUGACGAAGAAGGUGGUGACGAUGAAGAAGGAGGAGAAGGUGACAAGGAAGCCUCUGAUUGA